AUGUUAAUCAUUUUCUUAUUUACAUUAUUUACUCUGAUUAUUGCUACUCCAAUAUCAUGUAAUUCUUACCAAUCUCAUUCAGACUCACAUUCUGCCUCACAAACAGAUAUUGAAUUAAAUAUGAGUUUUGGGUGUUAUUAUAUUGUAACUAGUCAAACUACAUUCAAAUCUAUUAGUGGAGAAGGAACAGUUGUUAUCAACGGAGAAAUCAAUGUUACUGUAAAUGAUUAUAAAGGAGGAAUUAUUCAAUUAAAUAAUGAAAAGGCGAAAGUUAUAAUUGUUCAAACUUCAGAUUUAUCUAACUCUGCUAACUCUAA